GCGCGGGUCUCCCGGUCCUUCUGCCAUCAUGCCGAUGUUCAUCGUAAACACCAACGUGCCCCGCGCCUCCGUGCCGGACGGGUUCCUCUCCGAGCUCACCCAGCAGCUGGCGCAGGCCACCGGCAAGCCCCCCCAGUACAUCGCGGUGCACGUGGUCCCGGACCAGCUUAUGGCCUUCGGCGGCUCCAGCGAGCCGUGCGCGCUCUGCAGCCUGCACAGCAUCGGCAAGAUCGGCGGCGCGCAGAACCGCUCCUACAGCAAGCUGCUGUGCGGCCUGCUGGCCGAGCGCCUGCGCAUCAGCCCGGACAGGGUCUACAUCAACUAUUACGACAUGAACGCGGCCAAUGUGGGCUGGAACAACUCCACCUUCGCCUAAGAGCCAAAGGGACCCACGCUGUCUGCGCUGGCUCCACCCGGGAACCCGCCGCACGCUGUGUUCUAGGCCCGCCCACCCCAACCUUCUGGUGGGGAGAAAUAAACGGUUUAGAGACUA